UUUGCGGAAAACCGAACAUGUCAGGACCAGGGUGUUCAAGCGAAGUGCGCUCAAUGGCCAUUAUUGCCGUUUUAGUAUUAUUUCUCACUAAAUCAAGCUCCGCUGGACAUGUGCCACUUUUAUUGUGGUCUUCUGACGGUUUACCACCUUUGGCCUCACCAACAGCUGGUCACAUCAUGCCCACUGACCGACUGCAUAAGUAUCUCAGCUCAGCCUUUGCCUCGGGUCCACACACUGUGCUGCUGUUUCUGCAGGAAAAGUUGAGCAAAGAUGACUUCACAGUGUUUGGUGGAGUGUUUGGAAACAAGCAAGAUAGUGUCUUUCACAACGUUGAGGCUGCACUACAUUCCUCUUCCUUCUCAUUGGUCUUUCCUGCCGUGGCAUGGCCUGGAACCAGCACCAUACCGGCUCUAUUGCAGGAGAAGCUUGGUGUUCCACCUCUUCUUGUAGAUCCAGAUACUCUUUCACAUCUAACUCUCAAUGCAUCUGGCAGCAACUUGCUGCUCUUCAGCCUUCCGUAUCAUACUAGCUCAUACAAAUCAUGUAAGGAAGUCCUACACAACAACGAUGAAAUUGUUGGGGAAGUUCUGAGUGUAAUGAAAGCCAAAAAUAUCCCCUACACUGCCAUCUACACAGGACUCCAGCCAUCAAGAGUCAUUGCAGAGACAUCCUUGUCCAACCAGCCAAUUGGUCGCUCCUUGCUUCAAACCAGUGUAGAUGAAGUCAAAGCCCCUAUAAUGUUCAAUGUAUCUGAUGCCCCUUGCAUAAUGCUUUGGGCUCAAAACCUCAGUGUCAGCGUCUCAAGCGCAUCAGAAUGGAUUGACCUUGCUGCACAGGUGCCUACCCUUGCGGGGUCCCUCUGCAACAGCACUAACUCAUUGCUCGUCCUUAAUUAUCCAUCAGGUAUCACCGUAAGUUUUGCCAUGAGUCAGCGGUUCUAUGCGGUGUCCGCAAGAAACUGGUUCACCUUGGACAGGGUGCAGCUACAAUUCAAUGGCCAAGCAGCAUCGUUCAGUGGUAGUCGUGAUAUCUACGCUCCUGCAGAAUACUCUUUCCACUGCCAGUCUGUUACCAGCUUUCAAGAUGCACUUCUAGUACCAAACAACACCAACCAAAACACUUCACAGUGGAGGAUCAACUUCAUAGACUUUCAGAUUCAGGGCUUCGGUUUGGCAAAUGGGACAAAUUUCUCCUAUGCCAGCGACUGUGCAGGAUUCUUUACUGCUGGAAUUUGGAUGGGCCUGCUUACCUCACUGCUCAUGGUGUUAAUUCUCGUGUAUGGCCUGCAUAUGAUCAUGCAGCUCAACACCAUGGACCGUUUUGACGAUCCCAAAGGUCCCUCCAUCUCUGUACCACAGUCAGAGUAACACACAUGUAUAUGUACAUAUACACUCUGAGAUCACUGUGCUGUUAAAUUGUUCAUGGACAUGGGAGAUUCCCACCUUGUCAGCAAAGUUGUGGACCUUCGGAACGUUCUCUUUGAAGAUAUUUGCAAGGUUGAUUUGAUUGAAUAAUUUUCUUGGCCGACUUUGCUUUUAAUCUAUUGUUUCUCCUCAGCAGUCAUUGAUAAGUUUCUCCUCCUGAUAUCUUUGUGAUCCUUUUGUCCUGCAAGUCAUUAUCUAAUCUUUCAUGGUCUUCAAGUUCUAAAAUAGAAAACAGUAUUUUCUUACAGUUUGCACUGGUUCUUUUUUGAAUGUGCAGGCUAAACAUGACUGAGUGCCACUGUUUGUUAUUGCAAGGGGAAGUUUUCCUAGCAUGAUUUACAUUUGCGUGCCAGAGAAUGCCUUUUUGCCAAAGUGAUGUAAAUGUGACUGUUGCACGUUGUGGUACAAGUUUUACUGUUCAGUUUCCCCAAUUUCUCUCAACUGCUUAAUUUGAAAAUUACUAAAAUAAUUUCCUGUAUAUAAGCUGCUGACCACUGUUUGCCUUUAGAAAAAUACAGUACUUAUCAUUUUAUGAAUCAUCAUCGCCUUUAGGAAGUGCCUUAUAGAGUUGUGGAUGUUUUUUCUUAAGUUAUUUGUGGAAAAAAAUAAAUUCAUGUACCGACUG